AUGGACUCCGAAUUCGAUGAAACUUGGUCUGAUACCUCUGAGGAGGAUGAGCGCCGCGACAUCACCCCCAUUCAGUCACGCGCGUAUCAGAUAGAGAUGUUCGAGCAUAGCAUGAAAGGAAAUGUCAUUGCUGUGAUGGCUACCGGUAUUGGAAAGACCCAAAUCGCGAAACUUCGCAUCCAAGCAGAGCUGGAACGUUCACCGAAUAAACUCGUCUGGUUUACUGCCCCCAGUGUCGUCCUGGCGUAUCAACAAUAUCGGUUCCUUUCUCAACACCUCCCAGCCUAUCAGUUCCGACUUAUUACUGGUAUGGACAACGCUGAAUAUUGGACUUCCCUGGAUAUCUGGCGAAAGGUUCUAUAUCACAUUCAUGUUGUUGUCUCCACCCCCGCUAUCCUCCAACAGGCACUUAAUCAUGGAUUCGUGGCUAUAAAGGGGAUUUCCUUGCUUAUCUUUGAUGAAGCCCAUCACUGCGUGAAAGACUCUUCCAUGAAUGCGAUUAUGAGACAUCACUACCAUCCAAAACUCACCCCAGAAACCCUUCAUGAACUCCCGCAUGUCCUUGGCUUGUCUGCAAGUCCGAUCACUAAGAAAAGAGAUGAAGUGGCCGAUCUAGAGAAUAACCUCAAUGCAAAGUGCAAAAGUCCGUUAUUGCAACUCGAAGAAUAUACUACUUUCGUCAACAUGCCGGAGCCUUUAGUCCUAACGCACAGCCCAACUCCGCAUCACUCUUCAGAUCUGCUUGAUCGAUUGACUGCCACCGUCUGCGCCGUUAACAUCGAGCAAGAUCCAGCUGUUGCAGUCCUACGGCGAAGUAAGGCUCGAUAUGCACAAGAGAAACUGGAGAAGAUCUUGAGAAAACAACGCACGCCGGCCAUGGAAGAAAUGCAAGCACUUGUACGAUCGUGCACAGACAUACAACAAAACCUCGGCGCCUGGGCCUGUGAUAUGUUCAUCAAGAAAUGUGUGGAGAAGGUGGAGCUUACGUCGUCUCGUGAACUUGAGUUCCUCGCGACCGAAUCCCCUUCCGCUGAGAAGAGCGUCUUCAUCGCUUGCACACUGAAGUCUGUACAUUUGCCUCUUCGCAUGGCUAACCUAGACCUGACCACAACCGGUUCUGUGUCCUCGAAGGUGAAAUUGCUUGUGGAGUUUCUCCGAGAAUGCUAUCAAUCUGACCUCCGAUGCCUCAUUUUCGUCAAGACGAGACCGACCGCGUGGUCACUCACAGAUAUCAUCAACAACCAUCCACUCACUCAAGUCAAAUACCGCGCAUUCUCCUUUGUCGGAGUAUCUAAUCCAACACACAGAGGGGUCUGUGAUUUCGCAGACCUACGCGUCCAACAUGACAACUUGGAAAGUUUCAGACGCGGUGGGCUCAAUGUCUGUGUUGCUACCUCAGUGCUUGAAGAAGGCGUUGACGUACCAGCUAUGAACUUGGUUAUCUGUUUUGAUGAGCGGCCAAACUUUCGAAGCUUUGUUCAGAGCCGAGGCAGGGCUCGUCAGAGAGAGUCUCGAUUUGUCAUGUUCCCCGAGGCCGCUUUGAAAAGAACACAAUGGCAAGCAUUAGAAGAUGAGAUGAAUGAGGAGUGCCAAAAGUCUCUGGACUCUAUCGAGCAUCGCGAGAGGAUGGAGAGAGUUGAGGAGGCUGAUAGUGAGAUAUUCAGAAUUCCCUCGACGGGGGCCGUGUUGACAUUUGCAGAAGCACGGCAACACCUGGAUCGGUUUUGCGCAAGGCUGCCGAACAAAGACACCGCUGAUCACACGGCCCCAGUCUUCAUACUUGAAGGUCAGCCCGGCGUCGAGCUACAUGCAAAGGUCUACCUUCCAUCCUCGCUGCCACCCUGUCUACGGACAGCAAAAUCAAGAUCGAGCUGGCUGACGGAGAAAAGAGCCAAGCAAGAUGCUGCCUUCCAAGCAUAUCGGGCGCUAUACGACGCUGGACUCGUCACAGAUCAUCUAUUACCUUCAGAAGUAGCGAAAGAUCAGGAGGCUUCCAAAGAAGACGACGAGGUUGAGAAAAGAGACAGUCUCUAUGACGUGCAGAAGCAGUACAAUCCAUGGCCAAACAUCAUGGAGCUGUGGGAAGCAUCUAAUUCGCCCACAGUGUACGCUCAUCGCCUCACGAUGGAGGCACCGGGCUGCUUCUACCCUUGCAUGCUCUUACUUCUGCCCGUCAAGCUCUCUAAGCUGUCAUUCUCUCUUUUCACAACGAAAACCGCCGGUUUGAAAGUCACGAUUGGUGCCGGGUUGGAGAGGCAAGGCUUCCCACUAGACGUCGCACAAGACAUCACGUUUCUGCUCUUGACAUCAGUGCUUCAGCGGAGGUUGACAGGGCUCCGGAAAGAGCACUUGCCAUCUCUUUUCGUGCCUGAUAUUGAGCAGGGCUCUCUCUCGAACUGGUAUGGCGCAGCCUCAACAAGCAUACCAAUGAUCGACUUCGACCAAACAAACGACGCGAAACGCCAGUCAUACCUUGUGCAGGGCAAGCGAAGCAACGUGCCUUUCCUUUGGCAACCGAAUGCACUUUAUCGUGAUGACCAUCAAACAUAUGACGGUAGUGCGCGCAACCGGCCAACGUCGAUUAGCGUCACGUUGCUUCCCAGAACGCUGGAGUACUUGCAGCAGGUAACUAAACCAGAGUCUAUUCCUGAGGUCGUCAAAGUCCUACUAGUGGAUGAAUGCUCAGUGCUGGGUCUCCCAAGUGAGUAUGGUACCCUUAUGCUGUUCAUACCGUCUGUCAUGCACGUGCUCGAGGUUGCUCUACGGUCGGCUGCAGCGUGUGAGGGACCGUUGACGACUAUUGGGUUGGAUGAUCUUGAUCUGGUGUCACAUGCUUUGACAUUACCAGGAGCUAGCCACACGAGGAACUACGAAAGAUUCGAGUUCAUCGGCGACGCAAUCCUCAAAUUUUAUGCCGCACUACAUGUUUUCGCCGACCAUCUAAAUUACCCGGCAUAUCACCUAACCAGAAGCCGUGGGAGGAUCAUCAACAAUGCCCGCCUACAGCGUGCGACAAGGGUUCUGGGCCUAGACCAAUACCUUUCACGGAGGGCAUUUGCGGCAAAGGAGUGGGCGGCUGGAGUCGGUGAAUUGAAACCCUUGGGGAAGCAGCCCUCAAAGGAGCUUUCAUCCAAGACUUUGGCAGAUGUAGUUGAGGCUGUGAUUGGAGUUGCCAGUGUAAGUGGCGGCGAGGGAGGGUUCUCCGAGGAGAAGGUUCUGGCAGCCCUGAAGCUGUUUAUCGGGGAAGUUCCAUGGAGGCCGCUGUCCGAGAUCGUGGCACAGAUACAUCCUCUGGAGCAGAUGUCAGAGUUCGCAGCAGACAUCUUGGCGCCAGUCGAGGAUAUGAUCGGCUACUCCUUUCAGCACCGCAGCUUGCUGGCAGAAGCCCUGACGCAGUCAAGCCUUGCCAGCGAUGUGCGGUCAACCUACGACCGGCUGGAGUUCCUGGGCGACUCCGUGCUCGACUACAUAGUUGUUCCAAAACUCUUCCACAGUUCCCUUCGACUUGGGCCUGACCAGAUGUCAGUCCGACGUGCUGCUCUGGUCAGUCAUCAAACCUUGGCAUUUUUCGCACAGAAGACUUGCUGCACACGCAGCUCCUUCCAAGUGCAUACAGAUCCUCGCACCAAGAAAAGCACCGAUACGGAGCAGCACCAGACGAUCUAUCUCACCGACUACAUCCGCCAAGUAGGCAAUCAACACGCGCCUCGGGAACGACAAGCAACACUAUCGAACUUCUGUGAGAUUCAAGCCUCAAUUCUCGAAUUCUUGGGUUCCGGGACGCGGUUCCCAUGGACUCUACUCUCUCGCCUCGGAGCGCCCAAGUCUUUUUCAGAUAUCAUUGAGUCCAUCCUGGCGGCUGUUUUCAUCGACUCGAGAGGCAAUCUGGGCGCCUGUGAGGUAGUCCUCGAGACAAUGGGAUAUAUGAGUCUCGUCCGUCGGUUCGCCAAUGAAAGAGACAUCGACACCCAACACCCAGAGUCGAAACUGCACGAGGUUAUUCAGACCCAAUUCCGUGAGGGUCCCCAGCCUCCGCUAGAAAUCGUGACGCAAGAGCGGAAGAAGAAAGGUGAACCCGGCACGGAUUGGCGAUGUAGGGUCAUGAUCGACGGCAAGCUGAUCGCACGCGUGAAGCAUGCAAGUUGCAGUGACGAAGCACGUUACGCGGCUGCAGAGAGGGCUGUGGAAGCGCUGCGGAAGAAAAGAAAGAGAGGCUCCACAGAGGUGCAGCAAGACGCGCCAAAAGAGCAGCUUGAGCAAGAAGAGGAAGAGUCAAAUGACUGCCUGGACACAGUGGAGAGGCAAUGA